UUUCUACGGGUCGACCCAUUGGUGAUUUAUUAUUCUUUCCCUUCUUAUCCUUUCAGCUCCUCACGACCACAUGUUAACUCUUCAUUCUCUCUUUGACAAAAAACACAAACCAAGCUUUGCUGUGGGUGGUCUUCAAGCUCCCACAUACCCAUCUUCAAAUCUAUCAAAUUUUCAACAAGUGAACUAGGCAUGGAAGGAGUAGGUGAUGAAAUCAGCUAUCAUCAUUACACGAAAGAUCUUGAACUUGGCAUCUUAUAGUCAUCUAUUCCAUUGUUCUAAAGUUGAAAUCAAGGCUGGGUAUCUCGAAUUUGAACAAAUUCCACUCUAACGGAGCUGUAUAACAACUGGGUAACCUUGAAUUGCAGGACUUGGUUGUCCAAGCAAUGGCUUCGAAAGGGACCAGAGAAGACAAUUAUGAAGGCAAGCAAAAAAGUAUCACCAAACGCUCAUUUGCAUUGGCGGAAGCACUAAGUCAAGCCACUGAAAAGAAUGCCUCGGCCUUCAUGAAUAGAAUAACACAACGAGUCCUGAAUGAAGGUGGGGUACGUCAACUUGGCCCAAGUUUCCAGAGUGAUAUACCGGCUGAUGUGGAAAAAAUUUUGAGCCAGCAUGAAGUGGAUGAUUCUAGCUAUUUCAGUGAUGGAAAAGCAUGGGGAGCAUGGGGAACAAAACCAGGAAAAUGGCCUGGUGAAACGGCCAACUGGAUUCCGUGGGUAGAACGAGUCGAGAAGCGAUUUGGGGAAAUAUGGAAACGACUUGGGAUCUAUGACGCCAUCAAGCUGUCCACCAUUACUAUUCCUUGUGACCGCUCCUUGCUGGUUGCUGCUAUGUGUUUUUGGAGUUCUCAAACAAACUCUCUGGAGCUUCAGUUUGGUGCACUUAGUCCGACCUUGAUUGAUAUAGCGGCCAUUAUAGGCCUGCCGCCAUAUGGGCAAGUGGUGGACAUUGUAUUUGCAGAAGGAAAGUUUGACAUUGAUCUUGGUGGUGAGCUAAGAGAUCGAAGUAAGGGCAGACCAGCCGUUGCCAAUUAUAAUACAUGGAUUGAGGUGUUUAACAGCGGCUUGGGAAAUAAGUCACUUUAUAGUAUUGGCAGUGCAGAAGAGAAAGAGGAAAACCAGCAGGAGACAAUGGAAGUAACUCAUGUAGAGCAUGCUGCGUUUCUUGCCUUUUGGAUAUGUAAGUACUUAGUGUGCACAACUUCUAAAAAAGUGAAUGUGGAGUACUACAAGUUGGCUGAAGCAUUAGCAAGUAAAGAAGUACAAGAGAGCGAUCAGCCAUUAGCUCUUGGUCCAUUUGUGCUUGCCCACUUAUACAGAUGUCUUCACCAUUGUGUGACCGAAGGACUGAACCCAAAUUGGUCUGGGCCAUUGUGGAUUUUUCAGUUGUGGCUGCACACUUACUUUCCCACUUUCAGACAGCCGGGUUUAGCAUUGGCCGUAGACACCACUCUUGGACAACAAUUGGCUUCUCUUGAUUUACUUCCUCAUUCGGCAGAAGAGUGUUUUGAGGUGUUGUUCAAGUGUCCAGAGUUUUCUGCAGAACAGUUUGCCGUUUGUUUUAGUAGGAAGUAUCCAUCCUAUCUUGCAAUAGAUAUCAGCCAACACGCCUCAGAAAGUGAGACGAGAUGGGAGACUGCGUGUUUAGCUUGGAAGAGUGCAAUAGGUAUGAGGGAUCUCUUCUGGGGUGCCUUGUCUGGUAAAACACUCAAGUGUGGAGUGGAGUUAUAUUCACCAUCCUAUUUCAGUCGUCAGUUGGGAUAUUAUCAAGCUAUACCGGCUCCGGUGCCAGAAUCGUCAAACCGAUAUAGUUCAUUGCUAGCCGUUUUCUCCAACAAGGACGACAUUGAGCAGAAUAAUAAGGCGUUUGUGUACAACAUGAGCUUUCCCAUGAAGACAAGAGUAGCAACUAGCAAGAGUUCCUCCCAGUUCAGAGAGUGGUGGGCGAAACGAGUAGGUAGCCGCUUUAAAGAUGGGUUGGUGUCGGCUAGGCGAUCGGCUUUUGCAGGAAAUCCAUGGGCACAAGAAAAGCCGAAAGCUGUAAGGCGUGGUAAAAUAACAAGCAAAGUUUCUAGAGCAAUCCCAACUAUAAGUGGCCAAGAAUCUUUGAAGAAGUGUGCUAAAGGGAGCACAAAGAGAAAGGCCAUCCAUAGUGCGGCCACUGAGGCGACCAAAGAUGGUGCCACUUUGUCUUCAACGUCUCAAUCUCCUCAAGCAAAACAACUGGUAACACAAGAUGAGCAAUCGUCUGAGAGCGAAGAACAAUUGUGCGUGGCCAAACGAAGUUGCCUGUGGGGGAGAUAAUUUCUCUUGAAAGAAUGGCUGAAAGCGAAGUUGUGACAAGGAAUAUGGAAGAAACACUUGUGCUCACCCAAACUUCAACGCAAGCCAGUAUUCCCUCCUCGUCGUUUAGUGAGCAACACCUGGUGUUGGCUAAUGAACUAGAAUGUAAUCAAGGGUUUGAAGCCGAACUUCAGGCUUUCAUGAGGGCAUUUUCGGCCGAUGCUCUAAUCCAACCAGAAUGCUGCUCGGCCAUUUUGCAGUUACCGGCCACUCAAUUGACAUCAAGGGAGGAAAUUGAUGGGGCUUUGAAGGUGGUAAAGGAAGCGUUAACGCAGCCAUUAAAAGAAUUUGUGGAAACAGGCCAACUAUCAAAAGUGAAAGUGGCCAUGGAUUUGUUACUUGGAGCCAAAUACUUUGCCCCUCCCAAGGUAGCUCUUAUUGGUGAGAAGUUAGAAGUGUUGACCCAACAAAUAUCCCGUGCAGCUGGUUCUUACCAAGAAAUAGAAAAGAGGAGACAACAAAUCUCGGCUUGUGAGCUAAUGAAGAAAGCCUUGGUUCCCGAGUUUGGGUGGUGUAUGGAACAAAAACGGGUUGUGGAGUCUCUUGAAGGCAAGAUAAAUGAGUUGGAAAGACAAUUGGCAUCCUUGAAACAAGAGAGAGAAGAAGUGGGGGAAAAGCUCCUUCAGAGGAGUAAGCAGUGUUUCCAAAGUCAAGGACAACUGAAGAAGAUAGAGGCCGAUUUGAAAGCUUCCGAGCCUAGGUGUAUGCAACUUGAGAGUGACCUUCAGGCCACUAGUUGUACCUUGGGAGCUCUUAAUGAUUUAUUAGCCGAGGAAUGAUGAUUGAUGUAUGUGGCUCUUUUGUCGGCCAUUGGCCGGUUUUUAUAAACAUUUGAAAGUUAUGGGCCGAUGAAAAACUUAAUUAAUUAUUUGCUUGCCGGUAGAUUAUCAUAAA